AUGGACGUCUCCAAUGUGCGCUUCCUACCCGUGACAGGGUUCCUUCUUGCGAGCACAGCAGUGGUUACAUUGCCUGUCUUGCUGCAAUACAUAUAUUCCACCUCCAUCGCGCUCGACUGGCGAGCUGUGAUGAGGGGUUCACAUGUAUGGACCCCAUUCACAACCUUCUUCUACGGAGGAGGAGGCAUGCCUCUUCUCUUUGACGUAUUCAACCUCUACCGCACUUCAACUACGCUCGAGCAGAGCCACUUCCAAGAUACUGCCGCGUACGCGUGGAAUGUUUCUGUCCUGGCAGUUGUGAUCCUGGUCGACAUCUUCGGUCUGAUCAGCAUCCCCACCAGGAUCUAUCCGUUUGUCAUUAUCGCCCUCGACGUCGUGCAGGCGGGGCCAAGGAGUGCUCUGCUUAGCGUCAUGGGGAUCCUCACUGGUCACUUCUGGUGGUUCAUGACCGUGUACCUGCCGCUGCAUGCCCCUCCUCAUCUCCGUCGUCCUAACCCUUUUACCGUUCCGCGAUGGUACCGGUCGUUGUUCCAGCGUCGUUCGCGCGUGACGAGAACAGCUUCGGUGACGAAGGCUACUGGCGUGACUGCCAGUGGCCCCAGCCCGCGGUUCGCGAAUGCCAAUGACGCUGUCCGGCAUCGGUGGGGCUCUGGCCAACGGUUGGGCGCCGAAUAG